AUGGCCGCAUAUGAGUACAACAAGGGCGAGAUCCUUAUCGGUAGCCCCAACCUGGCCGCCGGAUACUUCAAUAAUGCUGAGUUGACGGCGGCCAAGUUUAUCCAAUGGCAUAGCGAGCGCUGGUACAGGACGGGCGACCUGGCUGCGAGGACCGAACAAGGGUAUCUCGUGUGGUGUGGCGAGUAA